CUGGUUGGUUUGCAGUUGGCAGGACUCAUAAAUACAGUGUUUAUGACAAAACUCAAAGGGCAGGAGUGCUGUGACACACCGGCAGACUGCUGUCACGUUGCAUUUCACCACUGUCAUAAGAUUGGUGGUAAACCUGCACAGGAUGUGCAUGAAACUUUGGGGCGUGAUGACUGCCGCGUCUUCAUCACGAUGCUCAUUGUUUUUCUCAUGCUUCAACAGAUCGACCAAGAUGGGACCGCCUCGUUCCGACACCCAACCUGUCCACAGUGGCAUUUCCCCCGAUCCAAACCACACGCCUGGCUCCGUCCCAGAGCAAAGCGCCGGUUGAACUUCAACAAUUGACAUCGCAAUGGAGCCAGCAGACGCCCAGUACACUAAACUGCGGUGGUUAUUAACCGUCGCCGGACUGCUCCUGUAUGUCGGGGACAUUGGGACAGACGUCGGACUCGCCGCGGUAUACUUUCAAAAGGGUGAUUCCGCGUGGGCCGGACUGACUCUGGCGUUUGUUCUGGCCGGGCUGCUGGUCACGCAGAUCUUCAGCUACGCCUGGUACCGGGACGACAUGAGCGACGCCGCCAAGAACGCCGCGGGAAAACCAGCCGUCCCGGGCCUGUCCGGAGGCAGACUCGUUGUCCUGCACCUAUCCGGCAUGGGCAUCUUCAGCAGGUACUAUCACCAGCUGAAAAAGGGCUUCAUAGUGGUUUGGAAGUCUCCGCAUUCCAACGCCUCGGAGGAGAGGAAAGACGCCGACCGCGCUUUGUUUUGCAUGGCCACGGAUUUGAGCAUGCUCAAGCUGUUUGAGACCUUCCUGGAGAGUGUCCCCCAGCUCCUGCUGCAGCUGUACUUAGUACUCGGCCACGGGGGCGGCUCAGCCCUGCAGUACACCUCCAUGGCGUUCUCCUUCUUCAACGUCGCCUGGUCCCUGACCGACUACCGGCGCUGCCUGCGCAGGUCCCUCGCCCACCUCCGGGAGAUGCCCUCGGGCCUCCCCACGGCCGUCUACCUCCUCUACAAGCUCUGCACCAUCAGCAGCCACAUCCUCAGCUACGCCGUCCUCCUCGCGCUGAGCCUCUACAGCUCCAUCGGCCUCACCGUCCUCUGGCUGCUGGGGACGACCUGGACGCACGCGCUUCAGACCGACUUCUGCUCCUCGCGAAAGCUUGAGUAUCUGUACCGAGCGGUCAUCGGGAUUGUCCUCACGUUCACCUUCUUCAACGUCAAAGGGCAGGACACCAAGGUCCCCAUGACCGUCUACUACUCGCUGUACUUUUUGGUAAACGUCACGACUCCGUUCCUGCUGGGUUUUUUAAAGCCGGAAUUGCAGAAAAGCCCCUUUUUGCUGACAGUGAGCGGGUUGAUCUUCGGAGGAUCGGUGCUGGGGCUUUGUUUCCUCGUGCUGUACUACCUCUUCCUGCAUCCCAGGGAGAAGUGGCGGGAGGCAGACGAGUUGGACGGCGUGGACGGCGUGGUGGAGGCGACGCGGGCCACACAGAGAAGAGAGAACUUCUUACGGCCCGGAUAACUCAUUUCUGGUUGUUGGGAGGGCGGAGGAAAAGAAGGUUGUGAAACUGGAACUUUUGAAACUUGAGCUUUAGAAGGAACUUUGGACGUAGAGACGUUAUCUGGAUGGUUACCUGACAGUUAUCUUAUCGUAAGACAUUCUUCUUUCCGAAUAGAAAUAGCUAGCAAAACAACAAAGUUGAGUGUAUGAAUGACUUUGUAUUUAUUAUUGUUUUCUUGGAAUUACAUAUUUAUUUUUAGCCGACAUAGGGCCUUUGUAUUUCUGUUCGCUGGGUUCUUAAUAAGCCUGAAGUUCACGUGCUGAACACAAGGUGGCCCUGUUGUCUAGGGGAACUUUUUCAGGGUCGCUGCUAAACCUUUGGACCCAUAUCGCCAAAAAAGGCCUUUCCUUCAGACAGGAAACAUGCAACAAUAUUUCACAACUUUACCAAUCACAUGAAUAUAUUCUCCCUUGAUAUUUCAAGUAAAAUAGUAUGACUGAGAUCUAAUACUUGAAUGCCUUUUUGGUUCAUCUUCACAAUGCAAAUAGUAAUUUUAGGAUUUCAGCCAAUCCUGAAUUAUUCAGUUCUUUGUUUGAAGUUGCAUGUUCAUUUUUAUUCUUUUCUCUUCUUUUCACUUACUUCAC